GAAAAGAAAAAAGGACAAAAAACCUACGCUUGCUGCUUGGUUGAGGGCAGAUCUGGUGUGGGCCACCACAAUGUUAAGUCAUGCAACUACCGACCACCUUUAUCCCCGUCGACGCCGAAUCUUCAACACCCGGUUCGCACACUACACAAUCGGUGCAUCGCUAUUGGUCGAAGCCGCACGCGUCCACGCUUAACCCCACACCGCCGCACACUGGAUCCCACACCGUCCUUCGCAGUAUAUAUACCGUACGCAAUGUACAUCUAUUGAGCGUGUCGAGCGCUAAAACCGAAGAAGAAACAGAAUUGAAUUGAAUUGCGUUUGCGCCAUUGAAAAUCGGAAGUAAUGGAAUUGCAUUGCUCCGUGAAAAAAUUGGAAAACGAGAAAGCGUUUGAGUUUCUCGGAGGCGUUCCUCUUCUGCAGAGGCUUCCGAGCUCGUCUCUGAGGAAGAUAGCUCAACUUGUGGAUGUCAAACACUGUGAGCCAGGAGAGUAUGUUGUUCGCGAGGGUGAACCUGGAGAUGGCGUGUACUUCAUAUUGGAUGGAGAGGCUGAGGUUCUUGGAUCUGCUAGGGCCAAUGAUGAAAAUCGACCAGAGUUCCAAUUGAAACAAUAUGAUUACUUUGGUUAUGGUUUGUCAAACACAGUUCACCAGGCAGAUGUUGUUGCUUUGUCUAAGGUGCCCUUUUAGUUUCUUGUUCCACUGCUUUCAAAUGUCAAAACCUCAGCUCACAUGCUUAGUGCUUCCCCAUGUGCACUCAACACUGCUGCAGCCAAAGUCUAUCUGGAGAGCAGAAAAUUCUCUCGAGACAUGCUCACCUGUGGAGAAUAUAUUGCAUUUGGAGCCCCUUGAGGUAGAUAUCUUCCAAGGAGUUACCCUUCCAGAUGCUCCAAGAUUUGGAAAGGUGUUUGGGGGGCAGAUGAUUGGACAGGCACUGGCUGCAGCUUCAAAAUCUGUUGACUGUCUUAAGGUUGUUCAUAGUUUGCAUGCCUAUUUUAUUCUUGCGGGGGAUUUAAACAUGCCAAUUACAUAUCAAAUUCACCGUCUCCGUGAUGGAAAGAGCUUCGCUUCAAGGAAAGUGGAUGGAAUUCAAAAGGGAAAUGUCAUAUUCACUCUGAUGGCUUCAUUUCAAAAAGAAGAAUCAGGGAUGGUCCACCAAGAAGUAGCUAUACCAUCUGUCCCUGCUCCAGAUAAGCUUCUGCCGAUGGAAGAGCUACGGGAGAGACGUCUUACUGACCCUCGUUUACCAAUAACCUAUCGGAACAAAGUAGCUACAUCUCAAUUCAUCCCAUGGCCCAUAGAGAUACGAUUAUGUGAAUAUGAAACUGCAACAAAUAUGACAAAAUCUCCUCCCAGUUUGAGAUACUGGUUUAGAGCCAAGGGAAAACUUUCAGAUGAUCAAGCCUUGCAUAGGUGUGUGGUGGCAUAUGCUUCAGAUCUAAUAUUUCUUCAAGUAAGUUUGAAUCCCCACCGUGAGAAGGGUUUCAGGACACGUUCUGUUAGUCUGGACCACUCUAUGUGGUUUCACCGAUCCGUAAAAGCUGAUGAAUGGGUGCUAUUUGCGAUCUUUACUCCUAGUGCCCAUAGUGCACGUGUCUUUGUCACCGGCCAAAUGUUCAAUCAGAAGGGAGAGCUUCUUGUAUCAUUGGUUCAAGAAGGACUAGCCAGGAAAAUUAAUCCCGGAAAUUCAGCCAUUAAAUCUAUGUUAUGAACUGCUGAAAAAUGCACAGAUUAGCAUGUAUCCAUUUUAUAGUUUUAUUUUUAAAAAAUUCCAUGUAUCCAUCACCAUAACAUCUUAGUAUCUAAAUUAUAUAUGUAAAUUUUUGUAUUGCUCUAAAAAUGCUUCUUUCAUA